AGCCGCUCUGGCUCCGGCCCCCAGGGCGCGCCAUCCCGGGUCCCCCUGCGCCGAAAGUCGCGGCGCGGUCGGGAGCGGGCCUGCCUCAGCCAUGCGCCGCUAGGGCCGGCGCGGCGAGAGGACCCUCGGAGGGGGCACUCUCGGGAGAUGCCCGCGCGGCAGAGGGAGGCGGAGCGCCCGGGCCCGGCUCAGACGGCCAGGCUGCCGAGGCUGCGGCAGCAGGCGGUGAAACCGAACUUCAACAGGAGGGCCCAGGAGAUCAUCGCGGCGCACAUGUACGAGGAUAUCGUCGACGAGAUUCGCAACAUGGACAUUAUCGGCUUGAUAGGCACGCAGCAGCGCGCUACAGGCACGGCCAAGGCGAAGUGGGAGCGGACCAUCGACUGCAUGAUCAAGUGGCUCUACGGCAUCAUGGGGGCGCAAGGAGCCAGAUGGUCGCCCGUCAUCCUCACGGAUCUGAACGCACAGUUCUCGGAGGUGGAAGGGGUCACGGGCGAGCACCACCUGGGGACCUUCACGCGCACGAGCGAGCUCAUGUCGGCCAUGCUCGCCGCACACCAGAUGCGAGCGAUCAACACAUACUACAGGCAGGCUGGCCCCACGUACUACAACAAGGGAGUGGCCAAGACGCUUGACUAUAUCUGUAUUCCACAGGAGUGGCACAAGUCUACGAUGUGGUGCAGGACGCUGAUACGGUCGGCAUGGAAAUUGCAGUUGCACAACUUGAGUGGGCUGUGGGAUCAUGUUCCGCUGGCGGCAUGCUUCGAUUUGCGCAUCAUCGCGGAGCCGUACAGCCCGACUCCGCAGGUCACCAUCGACAAAGAGACGGUGGCGCGAAUGCUGCAACUUGGACAUAGGCGAGCUGAAUUUGUGGGAAGAGUUGAGCAGUACCUGAGAAGUAGGCGGAACGAUUUGUCCAGCAAAGGCCUGGAGGAGCGGCCCGACUACGCCAACGAGGUGAUCCAUGAAGCGAUCAGUUCAGCAGCAAAAGUAUGUUGUUCUGAGUCGUUCGGAUAUACGGAGAACCACAAAGCUCAUGCUCGAGAGGUACGGCAACUACUUCGACAACGGCGUGAAGUACGAGAGCAGUUUGCAUAUUUAUCGCGCUACGUCGGUUGGACGCAAGAGUAUCUACAGGAGAUCCCAGGUCAGAUUGUCAAUGGAGGGAUUCUAUUAUCCGAGCUGAAUAUGAACUCAGACCUGGUCACGGUCGAGGAGUGGAUCCAGAUGGCUAGCAGUUUUCUUGGCUCUGAAAGAUAUCGAGAAUUGGUUGCAAUGGGACUCGAAGUAUCUCAGAUCCAGCGCAUCAUCGACAGCACGAUCCUGAUGCAGAGGCUCAAGAUCUUGAGCAAAUGGUUGACCAAGCAGAAGCAGCAGUACUGGCGAGAGGUCACGGCGCUGAGGUGCGACGAGUUCAUGAGAGCGGUGAAGGCAAACGAUUUUCAUCAGGUUCACAAGAUGGCAAGGUAUCACGUCAGCAGCGUGGAGGGCAAGAUUGUGGCGAUCUUCACCUUCAUGGAGCUCGAGUGUAGAGUUAUUGAGGCAGCCCCAAUUCCGAAGGGUAACGAGAAGGAAGGGGUCGACGGCGAGAGAGUGGUCAUGGUGAUAUGUACUCUAGCUAAGUUCCACUACAGGCACAUGCUUAAGAAGGCCUUGAUGGACGACAUCCCGAGCUGGGCUUACGGAGCGCUACGGGCCCGGAGGCGCGAGGGAGCAGUCGUAGUGCAGGCGUGCGGUGCAUGGCGUAUGCAGAAGAUGAGGGUCCAGCACGCAAGGAGGAUGCACGACGCCACCAAUGCGUUCUUUUCCAUCAAGACGGGCAGGCUUAAUCAGAUUGUUUUGCAGCACCUGGAUGAGCGGCAUAUCACAAUGAUGCUAGAUCGUAUUCGAUGGGCACACUUUGUAUUCGAGGGCCCGCCUCACAUGCUGGUGAUGCACGAGGGGUGUAUGCCAGGCGACCCGAUCAUGGUUUUCCUCUUCGUGAUGGCGUAUGCGCGAGGGCUCGAGAGCUACGCCCAGGACGAGAUCAACCACGUGGAGGUGAUUUCACCAUGGACGGGCAAACGAGAACAGGCAGCACUAACGUUGUUCGUCGAUGAUGUGGCGGACAUGUUCAAAUUCGAGAACAGGCAGGCCGCAGCUCGUGAGGGACGAGUGCAGAACGGUGCUGUGACACAGAUGCUGGGAGAGAUGGGACUUGAGCAGAACGUAUCGAAGCAAGAGACUGUCCCUUAUUGUUGCGGAGUGGGUGCGCACAGGCUCGAGCGCGAGAUUCUCCAGGACACCGUGCUCGAAGGACAUGCAGCAGCGACAGCACGAUACCUUGGCGUGAGGCUCACGGCACGGUUCGCUAUUUCAGUGGAGAUAGGAUAUCGUUUUAUCGCCGCGAAGGCGGCAUGGGGCUCCAUGGGCAACUUCUGGACGUCCAAUGUAUCGCAGAAAUGGAAGGUGAGUAUCUACAAAGGGUACGUAAUUAAUGCCAUGAUGACGGGCGUCGAGACGUUCGUGAAAAAAGAUGGUCCGAUGAAAGUGUCAGAUUUUCAGAGCAUGGAAUCGUUUAUCGCCAGAAGGGGGAGAGUCAUAUUCGGAGGGGUCUCGGAUACUAGGCAAGACGGCACUGUUCGUUCGUUGACGAAUCUUGAGGUGAUGGUGAAGCUAGGGUCGGCCAGCUUGUUCGUCGAGGCCAGGAGGCUCAAACUUUACGACAACACAUACUUACGGCGCACCUGGCGCCACACCUCGGAGACCACGAGAUUGAGUUGGGCGCUCAUGAGUUGGUUGCUACCCUCCACCGCCGAGCCCGCCCCCAACGUCCCGCCCAAGAAGCACAAGUCGCAGGACUCAGAGGACGUGCUGGUGCGCAAGAUGGUAGUGCAGCUCGAGGCGAGGAUGAGGGCAGUGGAGUACGGCAACGCAGUGCAGAUUCACAUGCCAGCCGAAUCGGUCAUGGUGAAGAACGGGCAGCAGAAGUACCAAGAGUAUCUCAAAGUGACGAAAGAGGAGGGCCCCAAGCACCACAGGGGCCCACCCGAACUCCAGCUAUUUUCAGCGGCUCUCAAAGAUAUCGAGAACUGGUUGCAAGCGGAAGACUCCCCGCAGCUCCAGCGGUUCAAGGGAGUGCCCGCACGUCUGAUGCUGAUGCUGCAGCAUGGCAACGAGAACGACGCGGGAGAAUGGAUCAAGGACUUUACGUACAGUCCGAUGUACGACACGAAGAAGAUCAGGCUCACGAUGUGUCUGCGCGGCAGCGUCGUGGUGUGCAGCACGAAGGAGGCCGACGACGAGUACACCCAGCAGCAGAAGGCAGCUUGGGGAGGGGCGCCAACCGACCCCGCCUACGAGGCGAACCUUCAGCGGACGCCACUCGAGCUGGUCCGCCUUGGCGACAAGCAGAAGACCGUCGAGCUGAUGCACCUGAUGGGGAUCCUCCUCCGCGCGAUGGGCGGAGUCAAGAAGGCGGGCAAGGUUCCCCGCGGGGAGAUGCCCAAGCAGCUGCUGGGCAAGAAGAAGGAAUAG